AUGUGGGGAGGCGCCCCCAUUAUGGGCAUUGAUUUAUUGGGCCGUCUGCGGAUAUUAACAACCCAAGUAGUCUGCCCUUCCGGGCCUGUCAUUAUUAAUAUCACUUAUCUUUGGGUGGCCCACGAGACUUGGGCUGACCGUUCUGGCGGGAUGUGUCAGUGUCAAAUUUUGCCCGGAUGGCAAGGACACACCUUCAAACUCGAAGCGAUCUGCAGUCAGAGCUUCUCAAGGCGAAUCAACCAGGAAACAUGCAUUUGUGCAUCUGUCAGCUCCCAACGGUAG